GGAAAAAUGAAUCGACAACAUCUUCUGCAGAUCUUUGCGCUGUCUUCUCUCCUGUUCCUGCAGGUUGUGAUGGGCACAGAUGAAACUUUUCAGGAGAUGAGGAAGAAAGGAUGUCCAGUUCUACCAGGCGUACCAGGCCCAGCAGGUAGAGAUGGGUUACCGGGACGAGAUGGAGCACCAGGACGAGAUGGACUACCCGGACGAGAUGGCGCACCCGGACCCAAGGGGGAAGUGGGACCACCAGGACAACCAGGAGUCAAAGGAGAGGCUGGGACCCAAAGGAGAUGGAAACAGUGUUUUUAAUUUGGAAUCACAUCAACUCUGAGACCGAUAAUGGACGGGUUCUGGAAUGUCCGUUCACCAAGGCUGCCCCAAACACAUUCCUCCGUGUAUCUUACAUGGGAAACAUUCGCAUCGCCGGUUGCAAACACUGUUGCAUGAGAUGGUUUUUCACCUUCAACGACAUUGAAUGUAAGGCUCCCGCUGCCAUUGAUGCCGUUGUCUACCAGAACAUCGACCUGAACAUCCAUCGCUCAGCCAACAUAGAAGGCUACUGUGCUGGAAUCGCAAAAGGCCUGGUUCGUGUUGGCUUGCACGUCGGUCAGUGCCAUGGCUUUGGCAUUUUCAAAGCCUAUACUGGCUGGAAUUCAGUCAGCAGGAUCAUUAUUGAGGAGUUUGAACCCCCAGUUGCAUAGAUCUCCUAUUCCUAUUCCAUCCAAGGGCAUAGCUCCCGAUUCAAUGUAAGGGUAUAGCUAAUAUUGCAUUGUAACUAGGAAGUAGUUAGACACCCUGAAUUAGCGCUGUCUCUACUGUAAAGGGUGGAAGUAAUGACAAUGUGUGAUAAUAAACCUGCGAAGAAAGCUA